AUGACCUUAGUAUCCUCAUCUAAAAGAAAACCAUUGGAUUUUUUUUACGCAGCAGCGUUCUGCUUGCAUUUCUUGCUGUGGAUUGUAUGCGCUGUGUCCGGAGAAGAGCAUCAUCAGUUCAGCGUUGAGGGAUGGCUACAGAAGUACGGCUACCUGUCCCACACAGACCCCAGAAUGGCUGUCCUGCGCUCAGCCCAGACCAUGCAGCAAGCCAUCGCGGCAAUGCAGCGCGUCUACGGCCUCAAUGUCACAGGGACACUGGAUGAGAGGACCACAUAUUGGAUGAAGAGGCCGAGGUGUGGAAAUCCAGACAAACUAAAGGGCAUUUCAAGGUCGCGGAAGCGGAGGUACGCACUGACGGGGCAGAAGUGGCAGCGAACACACAUCACUUACAGCAUAAAGAACGUCACGCCCAAAGUGGGCUCCAGGGAGACCCACGAUGCCAUCCGGCGUGCGUUUGACGUGUGGCAGGGGGUGACGCCGCUUCACUUCGAGGCCGUCCCUUACAGCGCCCUGGAGAGCGGCAGGCGUGAUGUGGACAUCACCAUCAUCUUCGCCUCAGGUUUCCAUGGCGACAGCUCACCCUUCGACGGUGAGGGCGGGUUCCUAGCCCACGCCUACUUUCCGGGCCCUGGGAUCGGAGGGGACACCCACUUCGACUCAGACGAACCCUGGACCCUGGGGAACCCCAACCACGAUGGUAAUGACCUGUUCCUGGUGGCAGUCCAUGAGCUGGGCCAUGCCCUGGGUCUGGAACACUCCAAUGACCCCACAGCCAUCAUGGCUCCAUUCUACCAGUACAUGGACACAGAGAACUUCAAACUUCCUCACGACGACCUUCAGGGCAUCCAGAAAAUCUAUGGUCCACCAGACAGGGCUCUCCAGCCCACCAGGACCCCACCCACGGCCCCUCCCCCACGCUUCCACUCCCCCUCGGAACCUCGUAAGCACGACCGCCAGGUCCGGCCCCACCGCCCUCCUCAGGGCGCCAAACCCUCCAACCCCUACGCCACGCCCAACAUCUGCGACGGAGGCUUCAACACCCUGGCCAUCCUCAGACAGGAGCUGUUCGUAUUCAAGGACCAGUGGUUCUGGAGGGUGAGGGACAACUCAGUGGUCCCUGGCUACCCCAUGCAGAUCAACUACUUCUGGAAAGGCCUGCCUGCCAAGAUCGACGCCGUCUAUGAAAACAGCGAAGGGAAGUUUGUCUUCUUCAAAGGGAACCGCUUCUGGGUGGUCAAGGACACUACUCUGCAGCCCACCUACCCUCAGGAUAUCUCUCUGUUUGGGAGCGGGAUGCCCACCCAGAGCAUAGAGACCGCUGUGUGGUGGGAGGACGUGGCCAAGACAUACUUCUUCAAGGGAGACAGAUACUGGAGGUACAAUGAAGACAUGAGGAACAUGGACCCUGGUUACCCCAAACCCAUCACGGUUUGGAAGGGCAUCCCUGACUCCCCUCAGGGGGCGUUUGUGGACAAGGCCAACGGAUUCACCUACUUCUACAAGGGGAAGGAGUACUGGAAGUUCAACAACCAGCGGUUGCGUGUGGAGCCGGGCUACCCCCGCUCCAUCCUGAGGGACUUCAUGGGCUGUGACGGCCUGCCGGCCGACCCCGACUGGGACUGGAACCCCCCAGAGGUGGAGGAGCGCCACUCCGACAGCAGCAACGGUGACGUGGACGUCGUCAUCAAGCUGGACAGCACAGGGGGCACAGAGAAUGCUGUGGCUAUCGCCAUCCCCUGCGUCCUGGCACUGUGCAUGAUGGUCCUGCUCUACACCGUGUUCCAGUUCAGGAGGAAGAGCACGCAGAGACACAUACUGUACUGCAAGCGCUCCAUGCAGGAGUGGGUCUGA